ACCUUCGCUCUAACCCAACCUUCGUCUUCUCUAUCUCAAAAUCAUCACUUCACUCUCUUUCGUCCCUCUAACCCAACCUUUUCUUUCUCUAUCUCAAAAUCAUCACUUCAAUACGUUACAACACAAAUUCGAACCACCGCGAUGGAGAAUCAUAGGAACUAAAUAGUCAUAAUCCAGAAAUUUUUAUCCCAAAUUUCAAAGUCUUGAGAUUCCGUUGAUCAAAAUAAAAGUAUGCAUAUGAAUCGAAUCAGAGCAAGUGUUGCUCUGCGCUCAAUUUCAACUUGUAAAUCAAAAUGGCAUCAUCAACAAUAUAAAUCUCAAAUCAAAUUCUCUCCAAAUUUCACCACCACAACAACAGGUCCUGAAUUUAUUGAACCUGUGGCAGGAUCGACUACGGAACUGCAAAUUGUCGGGGCACUUCGCUCCGGUGACAGGAAAAAGGCUUUAGACUUACUUCUGGAUUUUGGUCACAGAAGCCACUCAUUAUCUGCCCAUGAUUUUGUUCAUAUUUUUAACUACUGCGCUCAAUCUCCUGAUCCACUGUUUGUUAUGGAGAUUUGGAGAUUAAUGGAGUCGAAAGACAUUAGCAUAAAUAACAUAUGCUCAUCUCUUAUGAUGCAGGCCCUUUGUAAAGGGGCUUACACCGAAGAGGCGUUUAGUAUCAUCGAUUUUCUUGGAGAAAGUCAGCGUUUCUAUCCAGUUCUCCCACUGUACAAUAGUAUUUUAAGAUCCUGCACAAAAAUCCAGAAUUUAAUUCAAGCAAGAAAAUGUUUGGACUUAAUGGAAAAGAAGAUGAUAGGAAAGAGUGAAGUUACCUAUAACGCGCUUCUCAAGCUUGCAGUUUUGCAGAAAAACUUGCCUGCAGUCCAUAUAAUUUGGCAGGAGUAUAUUACACUUUACAGUAUGAGUAUCAUUGCUCUGCGUAAGUUCAUUUGGUCAUUUACAAGGUUAGGAGAUCUAAAAUCUGCGUAUAGAACAUUACAACAGAUGGUGUCAUUAGCCAUGAGGGGAAACGUUUCUAUUGCUAGAACAGUUUAUGGGAAGUUGUAUUCUACUAGAUUGGACAUCCCUGUUCCUUCAAAUAACGGACUAGGUUCAACCAUAUUGAAUGUGAGUAAGAGCAAACAACACGACUCCUGUAUACGCUCUUCUCCUUUGAAUUUACCCGACACUAUUUCUGCAAGUAAGGAGCAGAAAAUUAUUUGUAUGGAUAAUAAAAAAGUUAAAAGUGCUGAAAUAAAUGGGCUGAAUGAACAACGGAACUCACUGCUUAUGAAGGUUCUUAGGUGGUCUUUUAAUGAUAUAAUUCAUGGGUGUUCAAAAGAAAAGAAUUAUAUGCUUGCAUGGAAGCUUAUAUUACAGAUGCAAAAUCUUGGUUUGCAGCCAUCCAGUCAUACAUAUGAUGGCGUUAUUAGAGCAGUUGUUUCUCAAAGAAGUUUUGGGGAUGCCAUGAGAAUGUUAAAAAAAGUGCAGCAGGAGAAUUUGAAGUUAUAUGAUUCAACUCUAGCUACACUUUCAGUUACUUUCAGCAGAGAACUACAGCUAGAUUUAGCCGAGUCUUUGCUGGAUCAGAUUUCUGAAUGCUUGUAUCCGCAUCCUUAUAAUGCUUUGCUGGCUUCAUGUGAUGCACUGAAUCAACCUGAGCGGGCUGUGCGAGUGUUUGCAAAGAUGAGGAAAAUAAAAAUUUUACCUGAUACGAGAACGUACGAGCUUCUGUUUUCAUUAUUUGGCACUGUUAAUUCCCCAUAUGAAGACAGUAAUUUACUGUCACAGGUAGAUGUUGCUAAAAGAAUAAAUGCUAUAGAAAGGGAUAUGACAAAUAAUGGCGUUCAGCACAGUCAACUUUCAUUGAAAAAUUUAAUGAAAUCCCUUGGAGAAGAAGGGAUGAUGAGAGAGAUGAUCCACUAUUUACAUGUGGCAGAAAAUCUUUUCCUAUAUAGUAACCCUUCAUUGGGAACAGAUAUGUACAACAUAGUGUUGCAUUAUCUAGUUGAAGGCCAAGAAAGCCACAUGGCAAUUGAAAUUUUCAAGAAAAUGAAGUUGUGUGGCUGCCACCCUGAUUCCACUACAUACAAUAUAAUGAUUGACUGUUGUAGCAUCAUAAGAAGUUAUAGGUCCGCUUCUUUGCUGAUUUCAAUGAUGAUACGGGAAGGGUUUUCUCCAGUGGCUUGUACAUAUACUGCCCUCAUUAAGAUUUUGUUGGAAGAUGAGAAUUUUAAUGAAGCCCUGAGUGUUCUGGAAAGAAUCAAAUUGGAUGGCAUCAAACUUGAUGUACUGUUAUUUAACACCUUUCUUCGCCAAGCAUGUUACAAGGGAAGGAUCGAUGUAAUUGAGUUUAUUGUGGAGUUUAUGCACCGAGAAAAAGUUCAGCCGGAUCCCACAACAUGUGGAUAUGUCUUCUCUGCAUAUGUAAACUCUAGUUUUCACAAUACAGCAGUAGAAGCAUUGCAGGUUUUAAGCUUGCGAAUGAUGUCUGAAGAUGGCAACAUACUUAAAGAGAGGAAAAAAUUUGUGGAUGAAUUCAUCCUUGAUGAAGAUUUGGCUUCUGAGUCGCACAUGUUUAAAUUAUUUGAAGAUUCUGAAGAUGAGGUUGCAAUAGGGUUGUUGAAUUUAAGAUGGUGUGCCAUAAUCGGGUUUCCAAUAUGCGAGUCAGCUGACCAGAGCCUAUGGGCUAAAAGACUCGAGUUGCGAUUUCUAAAGAGGCUAGCGUCUAGUUCUGGAAAAGGAGAGCAAUUGUGACUUGUGAAUCUGAGUCUUAUGGAGAUAUUCAGAUAAAUUGCUUGAUGGUUUUAAUGGAAAAUUUUUUUUCUUGGAGAUUUGAUUUUGUAUAACAUUCAAUAAACAGGUUGGGGAUUCGUGCAAUUUGAAUGUAUUGUAGUGGACAUUUCUUUUUGUUUUAACGAUGAAGAUUCUCUAGA